GAUAGAGAGUGAACCACCCCGCGCCAAACCAUUUCAUUUCAAAGCGGAAACUUCACCGUUUUGUUCCUCUUCAUAAUAAACACAAUGAACGGUUUUCUUGAAUAAUACUUCAAAUUUUCCAAUAAAAUUAUCCUACUCUUGGAGAGUAGUUGGAGACUUUUCAAAAGAUUUUGGUGACUCAUUUGUCUCGUAAAUUAAUUCCUUCACAUGGCGUUGCGGGCUUUCUUGUCUUUUGCUAAAUUUUCGACAUUCUUUCAGGGAGGGAGACAGAUUGACCCUUCUGCACAUACAAUCAAGUCUCAUGGAGCAACACUUGCAAGAAAUCACAUUCAUGAUUGGCUUAUAUUGGUGCUUCUCAUGGUAAUAGAGGUUGUCCUCAAUAUAAUUCAUCCAUUUCACCGCUUUGUGGGAAGGGACAUGAUGGAAGACCUUAAAUAUCCAAUGAAAGGCAACACUGUGCCUGCAUGGUCUGUUCCUCUAUAUGCGGUUCUGUUGCCAAUUACUGUGUUCAUAUGCUUCUAUUUGCGCAGAAGAGAUGUUUAUGAUUUGCACCACAGUGUUCUAGGCCUCCUGUUUGCUGUUCUGAUAACCGGUGUUUUGACUGAUUCAAUUAAAGACGCGGUUGGCCGGCCACGGCCAGACUUCUUUUGGCGUUGCUUUCCUGAUGGAGUAGCUGUGUAUGAUAAAUUGGGAGGUGUGGUUUGCCACGGCGAGGCUAGUGAUAUAAAAGAAGGACAUAAGAGUUUCCCAAGCGGCCAUACAUCAUGGUCCUUUGCUGGUCUUGGUUUUCUCUCAUUGUAUUUAUGUGGGAAGAUUAAAGUUUUUGAUCGCAAAGGGCAUAUCGCAAAAUUAUGCAUUGUGUUUUUUCCUCUACUUCUUGCCUGUCUGGUUGGAAUCUCUCGAGUGGAUGACUAUUGGCACCAUUGGCAAGAUGUAUUUGCUGGGGGUCUUCUAGGGCUUGUUGUUGCAACCUUUUGCUAUUCACAGUUCUUCCCUCCUCCCUAUAAUGAUGAUGGAUGGGGUCCAUAUGCAUAUUUUGUGGCUAUGGAGGAAUCAAGAGUCAUUGCAAAUGUGAAUCGGGAUUCAGCCGCUGUACAAGACACCGAGGAUAGAAGGGUUACGAAUCAAGUGGCAAAUAGGAGAAAUGGUGAUCAUUUAUUCACUCCUUUCACUUAUCUUAGCCCAACCUUGGAAGCCAUGGAGAUGGGUCAGAAGUGAAGUCAUGAUGAUUUUAUUAUAAUAACUGUAUUUUUCCUCCCUAGUUCCUUCUGACUUUAUUUUGUGCAUAAUUAUAAUUGUAAUUGUUAUUCAAAAUUAAAAUGAGAUCUCUAUACGGCAACUCUAGAUUUAGCAAACCAGCAAUAUUGUGUAGUUUCUUGAAUUAACUUUUUAUAUUAUUAAUGAUUCAAUUUGUUAAUCAUCAAUGAUAACUUUAGAAGUAAA